AUGCUACUAAACCAGUUAGUGCGAGUAAACAAAAUCGCGAUUCUUGCGCUUCAAGAAGCACACAUGAACGAGGAAAGACUGAACACACUGAACAAGAUCUUCGGAGCGCACCUGGAGAUAGUCUGCUCCCCUGACCCUGAGAACGAGACAGGAGCGAGAGGGGUAGCUUUCGUCAUAAACAAGAGACUAAUCAACACCGCGAACAUGACCUCAACGACGAUCGUACCGGGACGUGCCAUGAUGCUCGACUUACAAUGGUCGGAGCAGCGCAGACUCCGGCUGCUAAACGUCUAUGGACCGAACGACCCAUCGGAGAACGCAGCAUUCUGGGAUAAACUGAGGGAAGCACGAAUGCCGAGGCUCGAUGUUAUGGCCGGAGACUUUAACGUCGUAGAAGACGGCCUGGAUCGUAUCCCGGUGAGGAUGGACGCCCCGAGGGCGGUAAAAGCCCUAGCAGACCUCGUAUCGUGGCUCAGUAUGCUGGAUGGAUGGAGAUCGGAGAACCCGCAAACGAAAGGAUUUACCUUCAUGCAACCCUCAACAGGAAGCCAGUCGCGACUAGAUAGAAUAUACAUCAGGAAAGCGAUGAGUAGAGAUGCAAACGGUUGGAAUUUGACUGAGUCAGGCAUACCGACCGACCACAAAAUGGUCCUUGUAUCGCUGGCCGACUACAAAGUGCCGUACAUCGGAAAGGGCAGAUGGGCCAUGCCGACGCACCUACUGAACGACGAGCAGAUGAAAAAGGAGAUGAAGAGGCUAGGCGCAAUUCUGAUACGCGACCUGGGGGGACUAGUAAGACGCACGCAGAAUAACAAUCCGCAAACGAUGUACCAAGCUUUCAAGGACCAGCUCACGCUGGCAGCGAGAAACCGUGCUAAGGAGAAAAUACCGAAGAUGCAGAAGAGACUGGACGCACUGAAAAAAGACCUCCACAUCCUA